AAUAAUGUGGUUUAAAUGAACAUCUCACAAAUUUAAACAAUUUGCUUAUCAAUACUUAAUUAAUCAAAUAAGAUAAAAAGAUACAAAAUCAUUGUAAAUAAAUACGCCAUCACGCGGUAUAAACUAGAAAUACUAAAUGUCAAAAUAUUUGUAACUGUUGGAAUAGCCUAAAAUCCCAAUAUAAUAUAACGGCUUCAUAGAUCCAAACUAGCAGACUACUAUUUUUAUUUACAUGAACAGUCAACACUUCAUGAAUCAUUGUUGAUCAACGUUUCUUUCUCAAGUUCCACUUAAUGUUAUUUCAGUUUAAUUAUGUUAAUUGUGUAUUAAAAGUGUACAAACAAUUGUGUAUAAAAUAUGUCUGAUUUUGCAAUGAUAGGCAACACCUGCGGGCAAAAUUUGCUCCGAUUAGUUGCCAGAGGAAAUGCUGUUAUAGCAGAAUUAAUGAGACUGAAAGAUUACAUUCCUCCAGUUUACAGACUGGAUACAAAACAUUAUGUGCAAAAGUAUGGAGUAAUAAUAGUAGAUUUUGCAUAUUUCAAAGCAGCAAAUGCUCAUGAACAGAAAAUUGAAAAUGAUGCUACUCUUCAAGACUUGGAUGAGGAGCUCAGAAAUCAUUUUUCUGAAAUACUUUUGAGAUUUUAUUUAGCAUUUGAAAGUGUACACAAAUAUAUAACUGAUCUCAACAGUUAUAUAGAUGAAUUAGAAGAUGGAGCCUACAUUCAACAAUCAAUUGAAUCUGUGAUUCUAAAUGACGAAGGAAAACAAUUAAUAUGUGAAGCUAUUUAUUUGUAUGGGAUCAUGCUGCUUAUUGUUGACUGUUAUUUUGAAGGAAGAAUAAGAGAACGUUUAAUAGUAUCAUAUUAUCGGUAUAAUGCUCAAAGAGCAUCCUCUACCAGAGUAGAUGAUGUUUGUAUGUUAUUGCGUUCCACUGGGUUUGUUAAAGGAUCUUAUAAGAGACCUCAAAAUUAUCCUGAAUCAUAUUUUCAGAGAGUACCUAUUAAUGAAACACUUUUAGAUCAUGCAAUAGCUCGAUUACGUACAGAUGAAGUAUAUAAUCAGACCAGUGCAUUUCCGCAUCCAGAUCAUAGAAGUAUAGCAUUGGCAAAUCAAGCAUCUAUGCUGGUUGUUAUUUUGUCUUUCAAACCAUCUGUUUUAAGUACACAGUCUUCUGUAAUGAGAGAAGUUGUAGAUAGAUUUUUCCCCGAUACUUGGGUUAUAAGUGUAUACAUGGGAAUUGUCAUUGAUUUAUGGGAUUGGUGGAAUCCUUAUAAAGCUGCCAAAACUGCUCUUAAUAAUACUUUAGAAACAGCUAACAUUAAAAGAGUUGCAUUGAAAUAUGGUCAGAAAAUGGAGAAAUAUCUCAAAAAAAUUGAAGAAGCUCAGGUAGCAUUAUCAUUGGAUGAAGGUGCAAUAGGAUCUGUUGUAAAACUUAUUAGAGAAUGUAAUGUAACAUUACACUGGCUACUUUUACAUACUACCAUUCCUACCAUACUCACUGAAGACUCAAAACGUUCAAGAAGCUUCAAACAAUUAGUAAUUCAAGAAAGUAAAUAUUCUGUGAAUGAUACAUUAAAAUUAUUGCUGAGUACUGCUCAGAUUGAAUAUAAUAUCAAGCAAAUGUACAAACAGUUACUGCAAGACAAGGAAGCUAAAUGGAACAAAAAUAAACAGAAAUGCAUUGAGCGAGUUGAUAAAUUAUCUGAAGUUUUCAAUGGAAACAAACAACUAGAUGAUAUUGAAAAAAAUCAAUCUCUUGAAACGUGGUUUAAAGAAAUAAGCCGACAUAUCGAAACAUUAGUCGAAGACGAUAGUAAAAAGAUUAUGCAGCUAUUGCAAGCUUUAGAAGAGGUACAGGAAUUCCAUCAAUUAGAAAAUAAUUUACAAAUAUCGCAACACUUAAAAGAAACGCGUCAAAUUUUGCACAAUAUGCUAAGAUCAAGUUCCAUGAACGAAGAUACAAUGAUUACAUUAAAUAUUAUCACGGAUUGCUGUUACGCUUGGAAUAUUAUGGAAACUUUCAUUCCAAUAAUGCAAGAUUUGAUAAAAAACGAUCCUACAACUGUUAUACAGCUAAAAGCUCUAUUUUUGAAGAUGGCAUCUGCACUUGAAAUGCCUUUGCUUAGAAUUAAUCAAGCUAAAAGCGCAGAUUUAGCCUCUGUUUCUCAGUAUUACAGUAGAGAAUUAGAGAGCUAUGCUAGACGUGUACUUCAAAUAAUUCCAGAGUCUGUUUUUGCAAUUCUUGCUAAAAUUGUUCAUCUUGAAACGAACGUAUUUCUUGAAAUACCAACAAAAUUACAUAAAGAUAAAAUCAAAGAUUAUGCACAGCUGGAAGAAAGAUUGAAGAUGGCAGAAUUAACUUACUCUGUUUCCGUAUUUACAAAUGGCAUGCUUGCUCUGAGGAGCGUUUCUUUGGGAGUUUUACGAGUCGAUUCUCAAAGGCUAUUGGAAGAUGGUAUUAGGCAAGAGCUUGUAAAGAAAGUUACUUUGGCUUUACACAACAGCUUAAUUUUUGAUGUAAAAACAAAGGGAGCAUUGUUAACUAAAUUAGAAGCUUUAUCAACAGUCAUGGAUGGAUAUCGAAAAUCAUUCCAAUACAUUCAAGAUUACAUAAAUAUCAACGGUUUGAAAGUGUGGCAUGAGGAAAUCACUUAUAUAAUAAAUAAUGCAGUCGAAGAAGAGUGUCGCGGAUCUUCAUGGACACCAGGAAAAACGUGGACAUAUUUACCAGAAGAUAAAAUAAAUUUGCAUUUAGUCCCUAGAGACUCAAAUUCUUUGACAUUUAUGGGCAGACUUGCCAGAGAACUAAUCCGAAUAACCGAUCCAAAAAUAACUAUCUACAUAGAGCACGUACUUGCUUGGUUCGAUUUGAAAACGCAAAGCCAAGUUUUGAGCCAUAAAACGCUUCAAAUGAUAUUGCAAGCGAUGGGAACUCCAGGACUGGCUGGUUUAGAUAAAAUGCUGUCUCAUUUUAUCGUUCAGGACAUGCAAAAACUUUUCAAAUUCAUCGGAAAAGGACUAAGAAAUAAAACGUGGUCGGGGUCAUUGAAAGAAUGUGAAGAAAUGUUUCAAAACGGUGAUAGCUUGAAAGCCAACAGAGGCAAGUUUUUCACUAGCGUAACUACACUAGUUAAUAAAUCUUGGUCACCAUUGUUAGAGUUGGUAUUAAAAAUAGGACACCUACAACUCCUUAAACAUAAGAUAGCAUAUGAACUCAAUACCGCAUGCAAGUUUGAAGCAAAGCAUAUGGAAGCUGCUCUUCAAACUUUAAACGACGCUAUUCUUUGCGAAAUAAAAGGUAAAGAAGAGGAAUUACUAAACUCGCAAUUCUUGAAAGAUCUUAGUAUCAGAUUAGAGUGGGCAGGCAUUACUGAUGUGAUUAAUCAGCUUUACGUACAGCCCACGAAUAUAACCAAUCUGUCAUUUUUGUUAUUUCUUUUGACUCUGCCACAAAUACAUAAAUUAUACUUUGAUAAACAUACAGCAAGUCUUUUGAGUAAAAAGUUGCAAGAUUCUAUCGAUGCGUAUAUCUUUGCUUUGGGUAUCCAAUCAGUAUUAAAACAAUCUGGUAUAACACAAUUGUAUGACUACAUUACUCACGUUAGCGAAUACAUUUUAUCGUUUGUAAUGUCCGACAGUUCGAAGCAAACAAAUGAAUUCGAAACAGAAAUAAUAACUGGAGUGCAUUUUCUAGAUCUUUUUACAAAACUAGCGGGAGUUCCAAAUACUGCAAUCACGAACACUAUUCCUGUUGUUGUAUUGGAUCAUUACGAAGCUAAAGUUGUAAAAUAAGAACAUAAAACAUAUUUAUAAGUAUAUUGCGAAUGAGGGAAUCGUUAUAUAUAAUAUUUGUUACGUAUUUUAUAUGAAAAAAAUCAAGUAAUAAAAACUACAAUAAUUUUAAAUUUUUGUAGGGUCCAUUCAUUUAUUAUAUAUUAAUUUUAUUACACUAUCUAUUUAUAUUAUAUAUUCCGAUUACUCGCUUCUCGAAUAAGAUCGCGUAGCUCAUAUUGCAACGUUCCGCAGAUAUUUUUUCUGCGUGUUCUUCAUUUAUGAAGACUGUGUCGAAAAUACACAUUUCGUAUUGAUGAGCUGUAAAACUAUGAUGCUCUUUGCAGGAAUAAAAAUAAGAUGACAAAAAGUUGACAUGUCGUAAAAGCAAAGUCAUUGAAAUGUACGUAUAUAUUACAUAAAGUAUAGGGCUUCCAGAGCCUAUUCGAGUAGCGAUAAAGUGUGAAAUUCAUCAUUCCGAUCAGCGAUUGGUAAUGUUUUUUUAUACUGGCUUUUUUUACUUCCACAAACAGUCGGAGGGCCUAUACACAAUCAACAUAAAAUAUGAUUCAUAUUCCUCGCGUUUUUCUCCGCAGUUUAUUACCUUUAUAAUAAUAAUGAUAAUAAUAAUAAUAAUUAUUAUUAUUAGUUAUUAUUAUUAUCGUCGACAUAAAAUUCGCAGUUCGAAAGAGGGUGAAAUGAGAGGGAGGAGGGGAACGAGAAGUAACAUUCAACGCAAGAGUUGCCUCGAUUAUUAACAAACGAUAUGAUGAUACUCGAUGACAGACCAGCUGUGUAAGUCGAGUCUCAUUACAAUAGUUUGCUUACAUCCUAAGUUAUACAUUUUCCUUUUUAUUUGUUUGUGUUUUGUUUGCGUUCCUUUGUGUGAAAUGGCGCUUUAUAUUCUUAAUCUCCCUUUAUGCAUUCUUGCACAACGAAAAAAUCAUCUCACUAUAGAAUGAGGAAUGAAGGACUUGAAGGGAGCGUACAAUCCUUCAGUCGCUCAAUCUUUCGCAAGUGUUCUCACUUCUCUGGUGAAAUAUAUUUUUUUUAUGUAUCAGAGUAUAUAAGUUUCAUUGUGGUCCAUACAAUCAUUCAAGUAAACGAUGACUAUGUUCGAUCGAUUUACAAAGCUUUGCAUAAUUUGCAAGCUAAUGUUUUAAUAAAGAUAUCGGCUUCUUUUCUCUUCUACAAGUCUGGAUAAAUUUGGAAAUAUACGUUGUGUUAUUUGUUUACAAUGUUAUACAAAUUUUUAUAUUUCAUUCCGAAUCGAUCAGUCAUUUCAAGCGUAUUUGAGAUGCAAGUUGUUGAAUUAAACGUUGUUUCAUUUUUUCCACUACUAUGUAGUCGCAUUCUGUAAAGAAAGUGAUUUCUUGGUGCGAAAGCUUCGUUGAAACUAAACCUUCUUGGACGAAUCUUUUGUGACUUUACAUUCACAUUUUGCCGAGUUUUUGCACGCGGUACAAUCGAAUGAAGAUUGAUUCACUCGCUAUUCACAUUUUGUAAAAUCAAUUGUCAACACUGUAAAUAGCUCAACGAUUUGCCAUAUUUUUGUUUUUCCUUUUUUGGGAGCCUUAAUUGUCUCUAUUUUAAUUAACUGAAUAAACGUACGAUAUGUGAAUAUAACAACACAUCUUUUAUAAGAUUUGUUAAUUUAAUUUUUUUACCUAAGUUAUGUCUGAACAUUAAUACAUAGUCUGUGCCAAUAAAGUAUCCGUACGAAAUCAUUUUUCGAAAAAUGAUCUUGACCAGUUGGCUGACUGUUAAUUGUUAAUUAGGUUGAACAUCUUUGAAGAUCAAAAUUUUUUGUUAAUUAAGCGUAUAAGUUGAACCGAGUAUCUCGGCUCGGGUACCUAUGGAUUUCUUUUUGUCGGAAAUUCCUUAGAAUAAAAAAUUAUAUAUAAAUCAUAAAUCAUAAAUCAUAUAUACAUAUACAUUCAUAUGUAUGAGAAGUGAUUAUAUAUUUCGGAUAUAAGCUUUUUUCGUAAAUCAUUUACAAAUACCGUAUAAGGUAUAUACUUAUACAGAAAUGUAUGACACUUAUUAAAACGCAUGAAAUGUUUAUACACUCAUGUAUGUACGAGUUCACGUACAAAUUAGCAAAUACAACAUUGAUUUUACAUUAAUGUAUAGUUUAUAUAUAAUUUUCAUUCUGAGGUAAAGAGUUUUCUUUUGAAGUAAUUAAAAACUACCUUGUGCACCAGAAGUUUCUUCCGAAAAGAUGAUUAAUUAAUUAUAUGCGCUUUGAACAGUCGUUUAAACAACACAUUUGUUUUUUAAUACUUUUAUUUUAACUGUAAUAAGUCUGACUUCAAGACGCCAAUACUCGAUUAGUGUAAAAUUUGGAAUUCUUGGAAUUACGUACGCUUACUUUUAUGGUCUUAUUAUUUUGUAAAAAUGUCAAGGUGCAUGAUAACAACUUACUUUUACAUCUUUUUUAAUGAAAAUAAAAAUAGAAAUUAGCAUAAGCUCACAUAUAACUUCAAAAUACUGUACGUUUGGAUUAAUUGUUGACAAAUCCAUCACUGCCAUCUCACAUUGCAUAUAUUACAUGCGAUUUCAUUAAAAAGAAAUCCGAUCGAAUAUUGUUAUUUUUGUUAUUUACAAAAUGUGACUGGAAACUGAAAAAACUUAUUUGUGCCAUACCUUUAAUGUAAUUAAUUAUGUCAUAGAACAUUCUUUUUUAUGCCGAAUUCAAGAAAAUAAGAAAUUAUGACAAAAAUAUUCGCACAUACAAAAAUGUUAAGUAUUUGAAAGAAUGGUCUCUGAUAUCAUCAGUGCAAUCGUUAAAUUUUUUUUGCGUUUUUUACAGGCUAUUAUUUUAUAUAGAAUUUCAAGAUAUUGGUCGGCGGACUUUGAAAAAUAAUCAAUAGAGGUUUAUAUUAUACCUUGAAAAGUAUUUUUAAACAGAUAAAGAUGGUUAGAUCAGUGCGAGAGUUGAUUUUAUGAAAACGUCCACUCUUUGAAUUAGUUAUAUUGUUUAUUGUGAAGAUUGAGUAUAUGGAUGGAGGUUCUGUUUGAAAAGAGUUGGUAAACUUGGUAGGCUGUAUGGAAACGCUGUUUCGAAGAGGACAAAAAUCUCACGAACAUCCGCAGAAUCCGAUAUAUACCACAUUUUUG